AUGUCGUACGGUUUCGUGUCAAGGAAAGAGGAGGUCAAGAUCAUGGUGAAGAACGCGACGACAAUUCUGAUCGAUGGUUCGAGAUUCUGGAUAUUCGGAUAUAGACUGAGUUUCGAUUACAUGGCUAAUCCCUCCUCCACUUUCGGAGACCUAUCCGAAGUAGCCAUCGAUCGCGUGAUGGGAAUCCUAUACUCGAGGUUUGUGUUCCAGUUGGCUCACUGCACCGAGUCGACAACUUUAAUCUCGGGCGCAAUGCCAGAACGCUGCCAAUUCAUAUCGUAUAUUAUCUCCAUCGUUCCCGCGACUUUGAUUUAUUGCACGGCUCUCAUAGGGUCAAUUGUACUCGGACCUCGACCGGGACGAUACGGAUUCGAUUUCUCUGGAACCCCUCUACGAAAUUCUACGAACGCCUUGGAGAUGUUCAUGCUCUGGUGGACACUGCUCGGCUCCAGUGCCUGUCCCACCUGGGGUGCAGUUCUCAAUGAAUGGAAUUACUCCGCAAGAUGUGGAGGAGCCCCGAUCGUGCGACCUUGGCGAGCGUUUGUCAUUGGUGCUAUCGCAUCCGCUCUUGUUCUACUCUGCAUUCCUCUUAUGAGGCUCCUCUGGAUCGAUGAUCCGACGGAAAACUUUGUGACCCGCAGGAUGCGCAGGGCGUAG